AUGACUGCUAAUGGUGGGUCUGCUAAACGGGACUCGACCUCAGCGGUUCGGCAACCUGUACAGCAGGACAACAAGACUAAAAUUCAACGGCCAAUGCAGUGUAAAGUGUUGCUGCUGAAUGGAGAAGAGUUUGAAGGAAUUGUUGAUAAACGUGCAACUGGUCAGGUGCUAUUUGAGAAUGUGUGUGAAUAUUUGGAUCUACUAGAGCAAGACUACUUUGGCCUACAGUUUUCAGAAGAACAAGAUCCUGAACAUGUUAAAUACUGGCUUGAUCUCAACAAAAAGAUCACCAAACAGAAAAAGAAAGGAAAGAUGUACUUUGAAUUUGCGCUCAAGUUUUAUCCGCCAGAUCCCACCCAUCUUGCAGAGAGCUUGACCAGAUACCUUGUUUGUUUACAAAUCAGAAAGGAUAUCAUCAGUGGAAAGCUGCCCUGCUCACAAGCCACCCUGGCAAUGCUGGGAUCAUACGCUGUCCAGGCAGAUAUUGGAGACUACGACCCUGUAGAUCAUGGGACUGGUAUCGACUAUAUCCGGAACAUGCCAUUUGCUCCAGAGCAGACGGAGGAUCUGCUGUUCAAAAUAGCUGCCUUGCACAGACAGCACAAGGGCCAGACUCCAGAACAAGCAGAGUUACAUUAUCUUGAAUAUGCAAAGAAGAUACCUCUGUAUGGCAUUGAUCUUCACAAGGCAAAGGAUUCAGAUUAUGUGGACAUCAUGAUUGGAGUUGGUUCUACUGGCAUCUCUGUGUACAGGAACAACCUGAGAAUCAACAGAUUUGUUUGGCCAAAGAUUCUCAAAAUCUCCUACAGACGGAACAAAUUCCUGCUGAGAAUUCGACCUGCAGAAUUUGAAACAUUUGAGAGCUGGAUUACAUUUCGACUUCCAAACAACAAAAUGGCUAAACGUCUCUGGAAGAUUUCUGUUGAGCAUCAUGCCUUCUUGAGACUCAGAUCAGCAGAGGAUGCCAAGAAGAGAGCAGGCUUUCCUCGAUUUGGUUCCAAGUACCGUUACUCUGGACGUACUUUGUAUCAGACUCGUUUGAAUGCAUCAAUGGCUGACCGGCGCUCCAAGCAGUUUGAAAGAACUCACAGUCGGCAGUCACUGAAUACUGUUGUCAAAUUCAGAAGUCAAGAUAACUUGAAUGAGCACAAGGAGCUGCAGUAUGACCAUCAGCAUAUCAAGAACAUCCAGAACCUGUCGCUGAACAUCAACAAGUCCAACCAGAACACAGCUCCCAUUGAUGACGGCAGGACCCCGUUUCAGUCACCACUUCCUCAGCUUGACCCUCCCGUGUUUAUGACCCGUGAAAUUAUUAUCCAUAAUGAGGAAGACUUUGAUGAGAAACUGCCACAAGUACCCACCGAUUCACCGAACAUGGAGAAAAGGCCAAUGUCUGGUCGCCAUACUCUGGGUGGGGUAACUACUCCUCUUGCUGUUGUGAACCAACCACUGAAGAGACCAGACUCUCAGACUGAGUCGGAGAGUUCUUCAGCUAGCAUGGGGUCAUUGGACUUGAGAGAAGAAGUCAAACGGGAACAAUCCAGAAUUAAAUCACCCCCAAAGGUGGCACCUAAACCAGGCAAAGAAAAGCCACCUGUUGCCAAGAAACCAGAAAAGAUUUCAAAGGAAAAAGCUUCCAGAUCGGAAAAACCAGCAAAGACAGAAUUGUCACCUAAAACUGAAAAAUCUUCAAAAGCAGCCAAGCCAUCAAAGAAGGAGAAAGAGGCAGCAAGGGAAGUUUUUAUGUAA